AUGAAUGACUGUCUUCGCCUUCAUCUGUUUGACCAUCCACCAAUAGGACUCCACCGUACAGGUCUUGCUAUUAUCAUGUCGUGGUGUCUGUGCCAAACACAAUGUCUUUCGAUCAGCGAGAUUGACAACAUUCGCUGUCGGUGUCUUCUCUGUCUCCGUCUUAUACGUCGUAUUCACCAACUCCGCCAUCAUAUUCACGUAUCCUUUCAUACAAGACGUCGAUGGACUCUCCCACUUCGGAUGGGGGUAGAAACGAUAGUAGAACAAGUGGAACGAGUCGUUGUCUUUUCGAUUCCAGAUGAAGUUUCCGAUCGAGGCGAUGAGCAGCAAGAGACCAAUGAAUACGAGGACGAUGAUGAGAAUAGGAAAGCUGAAAAAAGUAUUGAAAAUCGGUCAAGAUCGAUUAAGAUUGGCUAA